AUGUUAUUCCGUCUACUCUUCAUUUCUUCUCUUAUCUGCUUUUCAUUUUCUGCUGAUGGAAUAUUCGAAGCAGUUAUUGAAAGUUACAAAGAUGCGCUCCCGUUUAAAGUAGUCGAGGCAUUCGAUAACUUGAGUCCAGAAGAAAGUGCAAUUAUGAAGGAAGUAUUCAUGAAUUAUGAUAAAUUCACGAGUAUUGCUGACUUGAUUGUUGCAAUUAAGAAAAAAUCCGACUCCCUUGGAUCACUUUUUGAGAAAUUGUAUAUCGAAGUUGACGCUGAAAUUCAAGCAUUGACUCCUGAAACCAAGAAGUUUGUUACCGAGUUACUUGGCAUUGGAAGAGCAAUUUAUACAGCACAGAUAGUCGGAGUCCCAUUGGAUCCUAAGGAAGUGCUCCCAGUUUUUGCAAAACAAUUCCCAUCAUUCAAAGCUCUCCCAGAUGCCAACAAACAAGAACUGGAGAAGGCAUUCCUAGGACUGUAUAAAUUCGCUUCAAACGAUAAAAUCAAGACGGAAAUUGAUAAAUUGUUGUGA